AGGGUAAAGCAUCCAUCGGUGAGGCAGAGAGUAAAUUCACUACAAAAAACUGAGUGUCCUCCCCAACAAAAAAAAAUUCUUAGCUAAAAAUUGCCAUUGUUUUUCUCAUUCGGUCCUGCUUCUUUCAAAAAAGAAAAGUCGGUUUCUUGGUUUAUUUAUGUUUGAAUGGUUUUAAUUGAUUAUUCAUACGAAAAUUCAAGCUUAUGAAACUGUGUUUUUUUUUUAAUCUGCACAUUUAAUUGAAAGUUUUUUCUUCUCAAUUUUUCCUUUUAUUUUUCGUAGAAUUAGUGGAGGGUUAUUUUUUGUUCCCUCCUCUUGGAUCUAAACAAGGUUGCUUAUUUCAAACCUUUUCGAUCCAUUUUUAUUUUCUUGAAUCUUCUUGAAAAAAACCCUGUUCUUUACUUUUGAUAAGAACCAGGUGUAUAUUUUCGGAUUCAGUUUUAUUUUUCUUUAAAAAAAAAUCAUAAUGGAAGCUGCUCUCAAUAUGUACAAUAGCAUAACGUUUCAACAGCCAGAUUCGUUUGGUGGUGGUGAACUCAUGGAAGCGCUUGUACCUUAUAUAAAUACCGUUUCCAACUCUUCUCCUUAUCCCGCGUCUGCGUCUGCGUUUAUUCAACCCGCAGCGUCUGCGUUUUCCCCUUCUCUCCCUACCUUCCCCGGAUAUUACCCGCAAGACUAUUCAACGUACAUGACACAACCGUUUUCUUACGGGUCGGAUCUUCAGCAAACCGCGUCAUUAACCGGGCUAAACCACCUCUCUUCCUCCCAAGUUCACCAGAACCAUAACCACAGCAACGCUUUCUCGAGUCUCCUCAGCCCCAAGCCGCUGCUGAUGAAGCAGUCCGGCGCCGCCUACGGUGGUGUUCCGGAGAAGCCGACGAAGCUGUACAGAGGCGUGAGGCAGCGUCACUGGGGGAAAUGGGUGGCGGAGAUCCGUUUGCCGAGGAACCGUACCCGUCUUUGGCUCGGGACGUUCGACACGGCGGAGGAAGCAGCGCUGGCCUACGACAAGGCGGCGUAUAAGCUGCGCGGCGACUUCGCCCGGCUUAACUUCCCGAACCUGCGUCACAGCGGGUCCCACAUCGGAGGCGAGUUCGGCGAGUACAAACCGCUGCACUCCACCGUAGACGCCAAGCUCGAAGCUAUUUGUCAGAGCAUGGCGGAGGCGGAGAAACAGGGCAAAACGGCGGCGACGAAAGGAUCCAAGAAACGUGCCUCGAAGAAAACUGAGGCGGAGAAAGUCAAGGCGGAGGAUAACUCCAACGCUGGAUCUCCACCGCCGGCGACGGAGUUUGUCGAGUCCGCCGGCUCUUCGCCGUUGUCGGACUUAACGUUCGCCGACACGGAGGAGCCGCCGCAGUGUUGGAACGAGACGUUCUCGUUGGAGAAGUAUCCGUCGUACGAGAUAGAUUGGGACAAGAUCCUGUCUUAGAUCGGUUUGGUUUGGUUUGGUUUGGUAAGAAUAGGGGUAAAAUAGGAAUUUUAGAAGCCGCCUGUAAUGGAGUUUUUGGAUAUUACAUGGAGAGGCUAAUAGGGUAAUUAUGUUUAUGAUUAGUGGGUUAAAUCUCGUAUGUCAAUAUUAUGUUUGUAUCAGUCUCUGUGUCGGUCCAGCUGCGGUUUUUUGUCAUGCUUCGACCAUGCCACAGAUUUCGUUUUAUGUAAUUUUCCUUUUUUUUUGGUCUAUGUAAUCUCUAGCUUCGUUUUCUAUAAUCUUAAUGAUGUUUUUAGUUUA